AGUUUAGUUUGUUUGGCCAAUUCAAUCCAGACAGUUCUGUUAUUAUUAGAGAAAAAAUGGCUUGUAAUAAGUUCCUUACCUUUUACAAUGGUGAAAAAAUGCCAGUUCUCGGCAUUGGAACUUGGCAGGCUUCCGAUGAAGAAAUCGAAACUGCUCUUGAGGCAGCCCUGGAAGCGGGGUACCGCCAUAUUGACACAGCUCUCCGUUAUGGCAAUGAAGGAGCCAUUGGAAAAGUCCUUAAACGUUGGCUAGAUGCGGGAAAAGUGAAGCGGGAGGAGCUGUACAUUGUGACAAAGCUGCCGCUAACAUUGAAUCGUCCCCACGAAGUGGAAUCGACAUUUAAGAAGUCUCUUGGCCUCCUGCAAUUGGACUAUGUCGAUUUGUACCUUAUCCAUACGCCGUUCACUGUGUUCGCGAAUGAAGAUGGUAGCAUUAAAAAGGACAAGGAUGGCCUUGUCAUGGUGGACCCAACAACCGAUCAUGUAGCCACAUGGGCGGAAAUGGAAAAGUUGGUGGAGAAGGGUUGGACCAAGUCGAUCGGUCUGUCGAAUUUCAACAUAAAGCAGAUACAGCGUGUGCUUAACAACUGCAAAAUCCGUCCUGCUAAUCUUCAGAUUGAGCACCAUGUGUAUCUACAACAAAGAGAUCUAAUAGACUUCUGCAAGGCGGAAAACAUUGCUGUCACAGCCUUUUCGCCUCUCGGAACAAGGGGCUAUGUCAACCUCAGCGCUAAAAGUGGCAUCACGAGGGAAGUACCAAACCUUAUGGAAAUUCCAGAGGUUAAGGAAAUAGCAGCUGCUCAUGGCAAGACUCCUGCUCAAGUUCUCCUGCGUUGGAUCAUUGAUACUGGCCUAUCCACCAUUCCAAAGAGCACGAAUCCUGCUCGACUGCGGCAGAAUUUGGAUAUAUUUGACUUUGAAUUGACCAAAGAAGAGGUAAACAGACUCUUGGCAUUGGACAGAAACUUCCGCAUUUGCGAUUUGGCUAUUUUCCACGGAAUCGAAAGGCACCCGGAGUUUACCUUCAAAAAUCAAUAUACCAAUUAAGCAAUGAAUUGCAUAAAUAAGCAAAAUUAAACAACAAAAAUAAAUAAACUGAUAAGAUAAA